AUGAGGAAUCUUCUCGCUUUCCUCCUCCCGGUUCUUGCCGUGGCCACUCCUCUCGGACCUACGGGGAUGUCCGACUUCCCAGACCCCAAAGAGAUCCAAAUUGUAAACGCCAGCUUCUCUGGGAGCGGCUGCCCACAGGGCUCCGUCUCAACCACAAUCUCCCCGGACCGCACAGUCAUCACCUUCGGCUUCGACAGAUUCCAGACUUACAUCGGCCCAGGCCUUCCCAUCGCCGAGCGCAGCAAGAACUGCGCCCUUCACCUGAGCCUCAAGUACCCAGGUGGCUUCCAGUUCGCCGUCGUCGAGAGCACCUACCACGGCUACGCCCAGCUCGAUGAAGGCGUCACUGGGACUUUCUUCUCGACCUAUUUCUUCUCCCAGGAUGCCUCGUCGACCACCACUACACAGACAUCCAUCACCGGUGGCGGCAUUUGGCUCGAUGGUCAGGUUUACACCAAGCAGGACAGCAUCCCGACCGCUUCACUCAUCUGGGCUCCUUGUGGUGCAACUGGAAUUCUGAACAUCAACAACCGCAUCGCGCUUACUUCUAAGAAUGCUCAGGCCUACGGCUCUGUUACCGACGACGAUGCUACCGUCGCCUUCACCCAGCAGAUCAACAUCAAGUGGCAGGCCUGCAAGAAGUGA